AUGAGUUCUUGUCUGCAGGGUCUGGAGCUGAGGAAGGAGUCUGCGGUCGACACCUCUCCCAGUAGUGAAAGUGCACAUAAAGACACUCUUUGCGGGUGCUGUCCAAGAAACAUUAGCCGCAAGCCGAGCCUAAAGGACAAGGUGUUCCCCAGUCCAUCUAAAACCCCUGUUGUAAAAGUGAAGGUCUCCUCUCCCGGGCCAGAAGAGGGCGCUGAAGCCAGUCCCAGUAAGGUCCCCAAGAGCUGGAGCUUCACAGAGAAGAACCGUGGAGCUAAACAUGCCUUCAGAGUGAGGGGCACCACCUCGAGGCAAAACUCUGAGGUGCUGGUUGAAAUGCAGGAUGAAGACUUUGGACUGAAGCGUUCACCAGCAAUUGAAGGUUUAAUAAAGGCCAGUCUCCCGGGAGAAGACUUUGGGGAUGAUAAGAGCUGCCACUGUGAGUUCCUCACUCAGGAGUUGCCUUCAGGACUCAAGGUCACCAUACGAGCAAUCUGUGUCAUGAAGUUCCUCGUGUCCAAAAGGCGCUUCAAAGAGAGUCUGCGUCCGUACGAUGUGAUGGAUGUGAUCGAGCAGUAUUCAGCUGGGCAUCUGGACAUGCUCUCUCGCAUCAAGAACUUGCAGUCCAGAGUUGACCAGAUUGUAGGUAAAGGGCCCAAACCUGAAGCAGAAACGGCAGAGGACCAGAGCAUGAUGGGACGCCUGUUGAAAGUGGAAAAACAGGUUGUGUGCAUGGACCGCAAACUUGAUUUCCUGGUGAAUGUGUACAUACAGCGUAUGGGUAUCCCACGCUCAGAAACAGAAGCCUUCUUCAACUCUAAAGAGUCAUAUCCCGCCCCACCAUACCACAGUCCUGACCACACCAAGGGCAAGGAGGACAAGGAGGACAAGGAGGACAUGCAGUGCCAGGGGGAGGUGAAGGAGGAGAUGGAGGUAAAGACGUUCUCUGCUGUGGAUGUCAUGUGCUCUGACUGCUCUCUGGAGAAGAAGGACCCUCUGUUGGGACGACCCGUCUCCUGCUCUGUGGGCACACCCUCAGUGUGCAGCCGACCCUCCACCUCAUGGCAGCACCAGCUGCAGCACCCUCUGAGUCAGCCGGCCUGGAACAGCAGUGUGGCCAACACGCCCUCCCCUGUGGCCGACCAGUCCCCGACUCUGUUCCGCCUGCCGCCUCCACCGGCCUCUGGACCAGGGAGCAGCCGGGACAGUGGCUCCCAGAGCAGGAGGCGUCACAGGAGGCAUCACUGUCAGCAGGAGCCUGCAGCAGCUGAGAGUGACACCUCUCUGUCCAUCCCCUCGGUGGACCACGAGGAGCUGGAGCGCUCUUUCAGCGGCUUCAGCAUCUCCCAGGCCAAGGAGGACUUCUUUGGACCAUCGUUCUUUAGCGGCUCUCUGGGCGCAGUGGGAGCAGAGGGCCUGCCUGGACACUCUCGGUGCGCCAGAGUCCGGCCCUUCAUAGCAGAGGGAGAGUCAGACACAGACUCUGAUCUGUACGCUCCGUCCCCUCUGUCCUUCACUGGGGAGGUGUCCUGUGGGGAGAGGGGCUGGCCCGGCCUGAAGUAG